AAAUAUGGCGCGCUUUUGAUUGUAAAUCGGGGUAAAGUUUAGUUUAUUGUAAUUGCUUUAUUUUCCGGUUUUUGUACGUUUAUAUCAUAUUAUAAUGGAUUUAAACAUAAAACGUAAGUCCACCAAAGUUGCAGUAACGGGUAGUCGAGUAGAAAACUAUCCUCAUGAUCUGCAAAUGUAUAAAGUGCCUCCGAUUGAAGAUAUAUCACUGCAUGAGUUUGAAACACUAGCAUUGGAGAGACUUGCGCUCCUGCGGAGUCUAGCAGCUGCGACGACGUUGAAAGGACACCGGAUAUACUCAACUGAAUGGACUGAAUGCAUCCUGGGAGACCUAAAAACUGAAGGUCUGAAGUACUAUAUUAAACUGUGUGAAAAGUCUUCGUGUGGGACGACAGAAGCAGAUUUAGAUGCCAGAAGGAAAGAUCACAUUGCUCACUUCAUUCUCAGACUAGCAUAUUGCAGGACGGAAGAGUUGAGGAGAUGGUUUGUUGCAAGAGAAUCUGAACUUUUCAAAAUGAGGUUCAUUGCCAUGAGAACCACUGAAGCUGUUGAUCAAUUCUUUAAACAAAAUAACCUCUGCUACGAAAGCAUAUCAGAAGAAGAAAAACUGAAUAUAAUGCCAUUCUUGAGAGAGUCAACACCACACUCUAACUUGGAAAGUUUAAAAUUUUACAAGGUUAGGUUCUAUGAAGUGCUUGACUUAGUAAGAGUCAGGAAAGUUUACCUCAGUGGGGGCUACGCCUAUAUCCCACACACGGACUUUGUGUCCGUCCUGUCAGCUCAGUACAGGAAGCACUUGAAGCAGAGCCUGGCCAUAGCGUGCCACCACCUUGGGGAGAUUGAACAAGAUGAGAGACUGGUGUCACUGCUCAAGGGCCUGCACCAGUCCUAUGCAGGCAAUGACUACAGUGACACUAAAGCUAUGGUACCCAUUGAAAGUCUAGAUUCACUAUCAACCAAGUCAUUCCCACUCUGUAUGCGUCAGCUUCAUGAGUAUCUUCGAUCGGCCCAUCAUUUAAAGCAUGGAGGGAGACUGCAGUAUGGACUGUUCCUCAAAGGCAUUGGUGUAACUCUGGAAGAUUCUCUCAGGUUUUGGAGAGAGGAAUUCACAAAGAUAAUGGAUGGGGACAAGUUUGAUAAACAGUAUGCCUAUAAUAUUAGAUACAACUAUGGCAAGGAGGGCAGUAAGAGGAACUACUCUCCCUACAGUUGUAUGAAGGUGAUCAGCACUGCCGUGGGUGCUGGAGACUGCCACGGAUGCCCAUACAGGCACUGUGAUACUACAGUAUUGAAGAAUAGGCUGCAGGGUUAUGGCUUUGAUAAUCAAGCUACCUAUGACAUUGUAGAGAUGGCCAAGAAAGGUCACUAUCAGAUCGCCUGCAGCAAGUACUUUGAUUCAGUUCACAACAUUGAACUAGGGCUGGGCAUAAACCACCCCAACCAGUACUUUGAAGAAAGCCAGAAAAUCAUCAAAGGGGAAGUAAAAGUAGAAAAUAAACCUAGUGUGAAAACAGAACCUAUGGUAAAGAAAGAAGCAGUUAAAAGCAUUGAAGAAAUGGACUUGGACGAAAUAGGGGAAUGGAAUGAAGACUAGUUUAAGAUCAAAUAAUUUAAACAUGAAUAAAGUUAAGAUCGUUUUUAAUACUUAUUCUAU